AGCUGCAGUGCAGUAGUGAGCUUGCAGCGGUAGACUGCGGUGCUGGCCCAUUCAUUGUGAUGUCGAGAGGUCGAUACAUCGUCAGUGUCGCCGCGCCUUCUGUGCUGCGCGGUUGUACUCCGUGCCCGUGAGCCUUGCGUCGCGCUGCCGCUCACUUCGCAUCACCAGUGCGCAACCGACUCAUAACCAUAGUGAAGCUUUUAUUUAUAAACAAAUUCCAAAUACAGUGCAAAUAUUGAAUAUUGUCAUAAGUUUCAUUUAUUAAAAACGGUUUUCUCAAUAUAUUCCCGAGGAUGUAUGUAUAUUAGUGAAAUUGACAAACAACAAUUUAUUCAAUAUUUUUAACGUGAAAGCGCACGUGACGACAGACAUUACAUAAACAUUAAAUAAUUCAACUCGGUAGUAAUUUACUAUAAGUUUAUUAGAAACAAAGACGCGGCAAGAGGUUAUCAACAUCCUCAAGUUUUAUCAUAACACCAUUUUAUCUCCACGAAUGAGCGAUAUCUCAGUUUAAGAACAAAAAUCUUCACCCAUUGAUAUCACUAUAACUAAUUUUAUGACCAACAUCAGUCCUCUAAAAUAAGUGUAAAUGUGUUAAAAUUGUGAUAAAAAGUGACGUGAAAAUGGCAAUGGGCCGUAGAAAUUUAAGUAUGAUGCGGCUUGGACGAUGUGUGGCGUUCCUGGCGGCGGCUGCUUGCUUGCUGCCCUUCACGAUACUGCUGAUGGUGGCUGACCAACAGUACAACCUCACCUACAACUCGAAACGAGUGUUUUAUCAAGAGAGCGACUUCUAUAAAAUAAACGGGACAUAUUAUGCGCCCGCGUAUACAAUAACAACACCUACUUUGUUACGGAAUCAGUUUGUUUACGACAACGGUACUCACGAAGAAGGACUUCUCACGAGGGAGAAGUUCAUGGAAGUUAACGCGAGAAUGGAAGCGAGGCGAGAAUUUCUGAAGAGCGAGUGUUCAAGACUGGGCCUAGACAGUAGUAGUCACAAGGCUAAUGCCUGGGAAUAUCUGAUAAAUAGACAGUAUCACGUCAUAUGGUGUAACGUGUUCAAGGCAGCGUCGACAUCGUGGAUGUAUAACUUUAAUCUAAUGGCAAAUUAUUCAGCAACUUUCUUGGCUAUCACAAAAGAAGUGCCUCUGGUCCUCGCAAGAAAGAAGUACGCGAGACCAACAGUAGAAAUGAUAAAGAAAGCUCAAGCAGAUUCGAUAACAUUCCUCAUUGUCAGGCAUCCUUUGGAAAGGCUAGCGUCGGCCUAUAACGAUAAAAUUGUUCAUGCGUGGCCAAAAUCUUUCCAUGACAAGAUGGGGCGGUUGAUUAUCAAGAAAUAUAGAAAGACGUUAAAAAAACCUGCGCCUACGGAAAAGUAUCCGGUGUUUGAAGAGUUUGUAUCAUACAUUCUAGAUGAAGUGAGAGCGAAACGGUCGCUCGAUAUGCACUGGACGCCUUAUACACACUUCUGUACGCCUUGUAGAAUUAAUUUCGACGUAAUUUUAAAGUUCGAAACAUUAGAAGAUGACCAAAAGUAUCUGAUACAAUUGGCCCAUCUGCAAGACAUUAUAAAACCGGAGUGGCGCAACAGCGGCAAAGGCACAAACACGCUCAACAAUAUCAACCAUCUUUACUCAAGGUUAAAGAAAUCGCAGCUAGAAGGUCUUUACAGACUGUACAGAAACGACUUUCAACUAUUCAACUACACCAUAGACAGCUAUUACGAAAUAGUACAAGACGAUUCGAGCAACCAUGGAUGAACUUUCCAACAGCGGGAAUGCUUCGUGAUAAUAAAUUAUUACGCGUGUAGGCAGGGUAGGCAUAUAAGCAUCGAAGGUUGAUGAAAUAAUUCAUCAAUAGCGAGAAAAACUGGACGUUCAAUGAUUGAUGUACAUUUUAUUGAUCCGGUGGCGAAUGAGUGCGUCCUUUACGUCAAUUUACAAAUUUGUUAUCGCUGCAAAGAUAUAUUUUGUGAUACAUCUUGAAACUUUGGGUUUUUCGAGUGCUAGAUAAAUUGUGUCAAGUACAAUAUCGUGGAAACGGUCACCUAUUUUUUGUUAGUUUCUUCGUUCUCUAUAAAUAAUUCAUUUAAUUGGUAAAUAAGAGCCGAUUGGUAUUUAUAAUUUAAGCUGGAGAAUCAUCCCUGCUUUUCUAACGCGACCAAUUGAAAUUCUUAAAGACAAUAAAGUAUCAAACAGACCUACCCACGAUAAUGGUCGAGCAUAAUAUUAAAAAAUUAGCAGAUCUAUUUACGUUGGUUUGCAAUAAAUUGUGCCAGUUCUUUUGUUUUAACUUGAAUAGACUUAGGUAGUAAACUUAUAUUUAUAAACUUUAAAAAAAAUCCCAUUUAAUAUACGUCGCAAAGUACGUAUAGUUGAUAAGACUUGUUACAAAUUUUGUAAAAUUCUUGAACAACGAUAAUACGCAUUGUUGAAAUAAAUGAGUUUAUAUAGAAUCCUAUGAAUAGUUCAAUAUAAUUCAUUACACGAGUAUAUGUACCUAAAUUUAGGUUUAUAAUGCAAGACAAAUUCCUUAGUGCUUCCAUAAUAUAUAGAAUUGUGGAUAUGAAUCAUGUGUAUUCAUUAUAUGCGGAAUAAAUAUACUCUAAAGAACAAAUAUAAAUUAAUUCAAAAUUUUGAAUAUUAUUAAGAAAUCAACUAAUUAUAUGAAAUCGAUUAACAAGCGUUAAAAGACAAUUUUAUAGACUUAAGAAUCAUUCGUCACGUCAAUGUUAAUUUGAAAAUGAAUUACAGGAUUUCUCUAUGCUUUGUAAAAAUCACUUGCAACAAUUGUUGUUGUAAAAUGAACCUUAUAUACAAGAGGAUAUAUCAUCUUGUACUUUCUGAAAAUGCAUGCAUUCGAACUGUCAUAUUCUGCUAUUUAGCCCAGUAUUUUGCGUUAUUAUAGAGAAAGCUACUGAAUUAUUAUUAUAACUAUGAUCGAUUAUAGAAUAUCGUUUAUUCUUUCUCCAUUCAAUUAUAAUUACUGCAUUAAAUGUUGUAAAAUAAUUGUUACAGUUAUUGUUUUCAUGUAGAAUAUCUUUAUUGUAAUAGAGCGUUUAGCUACAAUUAACGUUCCCUAGUUACCAUAAUUUUGGAUUUUACUUGUAAAUAUUGUAUUCGGUCAAGGUUGAUAUAGUUGUUUGAUUUGUUGUUAUUUGUUUACAAUAUUUAUUUAAUAGAGUAAAUAGAUGAGUUAAUAUAAUCUAUUGUGAAUUUUAUGUGGUUAAGAUAUUUAUGUUGUAGUUUAUAAUUAUGAAAUCAUUCCUAUCAAAAUUGUGCUGCGCGCUCAAAUAUGGCCAUAUUAACAAAAUGAUUUGUCGAAUAUGUAAUGUAGAUGUUUGAUUGUCUUUGGCCGCACUAGAUUAAUAGAUAGCGAGCUAAAUUUCGUCCGAAUUUGUUUAACAAUAAUAAAUAUUUUUUACUGUUUCUUUUCUGCAGCCAUUAGCAACAAUCUUCACUAUACUUUAUAACCGCUUUAUUCUACUGCAGUAUGUAUUCUUUAUAUUUAAGUAUUGUCAUCACUGUAUUCCAUGGUCAUUGGCGCCGGUAGGGGGUUGCAAGUAGGUGCACGUGCACCACCCUGCCUAGAUAUAAAUCACAAAACAAAAUGUCACUGAAUAAAUCUGCUACAAUGUGAACUAUCGACCACGGAAGUUUUUUUAAGAUAAACUAUUUUCAAAAACUCGUGCGAUUUGAAUUUGUAAAAAAAAAUAAACUGAAUGAUAUCAUGUUAUAAAGUGCGUAGGUGCAGAUGCACCUCCCUAAAACUAAUUUUGUCGGCGCCCAGGUCCACAGUGAUAAUUCCUUAUUUAUUCAAACUCGUAUACCAACAGUUUCUGUGACAGAAACCUGUCUCUCUGUAUUCGUAUAGAUAAAUUAAUGUCACACAUACAUUUUUUACAUGAAUGCUCUAAUCGAUCACCUAAAUAUAUAGUAUCGUGCGCUAAUCAAUCAUCUACUUAAAUAUUUAUUAUCGUACGCUAAUCAACACCUUGUAUAUGGUGGUCGCUAUUUGGGCGGAUAUAAAAUAUAUCCUACCACCAGCACAGUAAUCAGUUUAAGGUAUCAUUCUAAUAUCCGCUUCCUUCAUUCUGACUGGAACUUAGAAUUAUUUCCAAUCUCAACCUAGAUGAUAGCGAUAGGAUGCCUCCUAUCAUCGGACCGAACACACCUGACGAAGUGUGCCCUGGUAACAUCUAUGCCUACCCUCUCGAGAAUAAUGGCGUGAUGUGUGUAUUUUUUAGCCUAGACCUUUCUGCAUAUAAGAAAUAAAGGCAAUUUCUAGACCCAUUUUAUUGAAACUUAGAAAGAUUUAAUUCCAACAGCAUUUGCUAAUGUUACUCGAAUGUUAAUCAUAGUAUUUAAAAUUCCUGAUAUUGAUCGCACAAAUGCUUUUAAUGUAUAAUAAAUCGUCCACGCUGGUUCGCGAACCAAGUACCCGCCUUAUCAAGUGUCUUACUUUGACAUUACAAAUUACGACAGCUGCAAUUAACACUACGCUAACUUGAAAAUGACAACUUUACAGGAGAGACGUGAAAAAUAAGAUAAUUAUUAUAAUACUAGAGUUUUCUUUAUGAGCGUUUUGUGUAAUUGAAGAAUUCUUCAUUUUAUACAAAAAAAAAGACAUUUUGUAAGCUUAUAAAAGAUAAAAAAAUUAUAAUUUUGCAUUUUAACGGAAAUAAGCCAAAAAUCGAUUUAGCGUUGUGUUAAUUGCUGGUAUCGAUUAAAGUAAAUCACCUCAUCUUAGUCCUGCCUUUAAUACUGUAUUUUCCAUGGCAAUUCCAUUUUUCACGUGUUAAUUAUAGAUAUUAGUUUUUUUUUUCAUCGGAUCCUUUGGUACUUUGAUAUGUAAUUUAGAUUCUCUAUGACAUAACGCGCGGAAUUCGUGGGGUUUCGAAGCAAAAUAUUGCAUAUGAAAUUGGUAAUCAUAGGAUUUUAGACCUUAAUGAUUAUGUCUAUAUUAAUUUCUUUGUUGCUUUCAAUAUCAUGAUUCAUUACGUAAUACAUACUAAUAUUUAUUGAUGUUUGUGCGUUACAAAAAUCCGCGUGGAAUCUAAAUUGUCAUAGACAAUAGAACACGGUAAUAGAUACGCAUUACAAUUACAAAAUAAAACACCAAUUUGUUAUCAAUCGGAUAUAAAGACUUAGAUGUAAAUUAAAUAUAGAUAAGGUUUACUAGUCGUAGUACUAAAAUCUGAGCUUAGAAUAUGAUUGUUUCGCAUUUACGUAAGCUUUCGUAACGUAUGAAAAUUUCCAAAAUUCCUAAAGUAUUUAAUAAAUUGUUGAUACUGCGGUAGGUUAAAUUUGGGGAAAAUGUCAUGGGAAUUGUGUUCAGAAUAUGGCAACAUUGUAAAAGACGUUAUAUAAAUGUCGAAUGCUGACUGCUGACCAAAUGCUGCUGAUAAGUUCAGCAAAUUCUUGUCAAUAACCUUUAGCUUUACCGAAUAACAUUAUUUUUGUUGGACAAAGUAGCCCAAAAAGGAAAUAUGUGUUAAAUGUAUCGAAAAGUUCGCGCCGGUUACCAUUAAAGAUUUGAUAAAACUUUAUCGAAACAGCUUCAAUUAAGAAUUGAUUUAAAAUAGUGGCUUGUAUUCAUGUUACUAAUGCAAGCGAGGUUAGUAAAAACUAGAAUAAGAACUAAAUGAGUUCAACAACUUCGUUGAAUAAAUUAUUGGACAAAUACAUUUACAAUAUGUCAGAAACUGGCUUGAAUGUUUACAGUUGGCAACAUUACUUUUACUAUCUUGCCAAAUACGUAGGAAUCCAAGUAAGAAUAUUCUUAACGAAGGCGGAUUUAGGUGGAGGCGAACCGGGCAAUGGCCCAGAGCCUCGCGGGGUGACUUGGAGGACCAUUUUUUACGAUCUUACCGACGAAACUGUUAAAAUCGGUACUUUUUUAUGCUUUCGACUAGGGCCUCAUGUCAUUUAGAGCCACCAUUAACUCUUUAAAUAUACAUUAAAUAAAGAUGUUUCAGCAGUAACUAUUUACAUCAAUUCUUCAUUGACGCUGGCAACUCCAAUGCCUGAAGAACACAAGUCCUAAGCCCGAACCUAGUGAGUUGUAUUAGAUUACGGAACGAUUUAUUAGACCAAAAAGAUAUGGCCUAUGAACGUAACUGUAAUGGUGCUAUAGUCAUUUAGAUAUUGAUCUCAUAUCAGUGUGGGAUGUGAGUGUCACGCAGACUUGUUGCUAUUGAGUUAUUGAAUAUCAACGGUAAAUGAGUCGGUUGUGUAACGUUGACAUGAUAUAAAAAUUAUUCUUAGUACUUAUAGAGAAAUAAAUUAAUUAUUUAAUAUUA